AUGAAAUCACUUCGGUUUCUAUUUCAAACAAAUAUUUCACCGAUAUUUAUAUGUUUUAUACAUGAAGAUAAUACUCUUCAUCAAUUAUUUUGGACAUUUCGUCAUUUAAUUACAAUAUUUAAUUGGCCAUUAACAACAAAAAUCUUUUCAAAUCGUUCAUUUGCAACAGGGUCAAUAUUUGAACGAAUAAUGGCAAAUUAUCUUGGUUUUAUUGAUUUAUCAACAUUAAAUCUAAAUCAAACCAAUCUAUUUUGUUAUCUUUAUCGAUGUUUAAAAACAUGUCAUCAAAAUGGACCGAUUAUUUUUCUUUUCGAUCAUUCAACUAUUUCCAAACCAGCAUCUUGUGAUUAUUAUUUAAUUUCUUUUCUAUGUGAUUUAAUUCGAUUUGAUUUAUCAAUACCAGAUUUGGUUUUAAUUCCAACUCGUUUGCAUGAAUCAUAUUUAUCAUUUAGUCAACCAUUUUUAUUUAAAGAAUUACUUGAAUUUUUUAUUAAAAAAAUAAAUAUUCAAACACAAUUUUGUGAAGUGAUAAAAACUGAACAACAAAAACUUGUUGAUAAACUUAUUGAUUGUAUCUUUUUACAUCUUGCAUAUGUUUUAUCCCAAUAUCAGCCACCAACAGUAGCAAAUAUUCACAAUACUCUUCAAAUUUUUCUUAAAACAUGUCCAUUUAUUACAAUGGACAAUCAUAAAUGGAAUGAAAUAACUCGGCAGCAUAUUGAACAAUAUUAUUUAAAAUUAGAUACAAACCAAUCUAAAUCAAAAUUAAUCUCAGUAAUACGAAAAGCAUAUUUUCUGGAUAUUGUAGCAGCAUUUUCAAUUCUAUCAAAAGUUCAACAUAGUGAAAAUCAUUCACGUGUAUUUGAAUUUGAGAUGUUUAAUCAAAUAACAUUACUUCUCUAUACAUUUGGUAAUAAACAAUAUUUAAACAUACGUUCAUGUCAAAAUCUGAAUCAAAUCAUUCAACAAGUAAUUCAACAUUGUCAAUCAAGAAAUUAUAUUUCAACAACUUAUAUUCCACAAAAAUCAAUGUGUUUUCGUGAUACGAUUUUAUCAGAUCAUGAAUGGAGUGAUGAUAAUGAUGAUGUAAUAGAUGAUGAAUUUGUUGAUCAUGAUAAGGAUGAUGAUGAUGAUGAUGACGAUGAAAUUAUCGUAAAUGAUUUAUCAAAUAAAAUUCCAGAAACAAUGAAAUCAUCCUAUCGAAUUAAUUAUCAAGAAUAUCAUUAUCAAUUGAAAUUUUUUGUUAAAUUAUUUGGUUCUUAUAUUGAAGCAAUUGUUUAUAUAUUAAAAUAUCAUAUUGAUAAACAAAUGAAAUCUUUUACAUUAGAACAAUUCAAUUUUAAUCAAUCGUUUUAUUUCCGUGAAACAUCUCAUCUAAUAUCUAAUGAUAUACUUUCAUUUGUACGUCGAGCAUAUACAUAUCGAUCAAUAGAACAUAUCAAUGCAUCUGACGAAAUACUGAUGUUUUUUGAACCGAUAGAUGAUAGUAUAAAUCCUUUAUUAAUAGAUAAUCUAGUAUCACUUCAUGAUGAAUUUGUUAAACUAUUAAAUUGUUGUUGUAUUGAACUUUAA